AUGGAGAUCCUCCUGCGCCACAAUCUUGUCUCCCUCUCCAUGAGGUACUGCAGCAGUGUCACCACAAAUUCCUGGCGGACACUGCUGGAGCACAGUUCGCAACUGAGAUCACUGGAAUUGGGCAAAGAUGUGGAUAUGUUGAAGUUUGGUGAGCCCAAUGAGAAGACACCGAUCGAUUUUCAGCUAAACCUGCCUCAUCUCCGUCGACUCACACUCAAUGCUGUUGUUCUUCAGCCAACACUGCAAUUCAGCCACCUUAAGGAGCUUACGUAUUUAGAUCUGACAUCGUGUAUUUUUGCCGAAUUUAGCUUAGAAGCACUAGUUAGUCUUCCCAACUUAUCUACUCUCAUACUCUUUAAUGUGUGGCCGCUGGAGAAGGAAUUCAGAAUUCUCAGUAAAUUCAAGAAGCUUCACACACUUGACCUCUCCGUCUCGAAUCCCAUUGGCUAUGGCAUCUACAAAGAUCCAAAUGUGCUUUUGGCCAAUUUGGUGGAAAGUCUUCCGUUGCUGACGCACUUGGACAUCUCGGGGACAAAUUUGGCGGGGACUGGAGUGGCUCAGUUUGAGGCGAAGGAGAAGCUUAAGAGUUCGGAUAUUCCGGGUUUGGUGAGUCGAGCAAAUCGUCCAUUGCAGUUUUUGGGGCUCUACAAUACUGCUCAUUCAGCCUGUCGUCGACACGAUAUCCCAGCACUAAGUAUAUCUGGAGAGGCGAAUGAGGAGCAAAUUCUCACGUCAGCAGUUGUGUAUCAGGAUCGUCCGAAUUUACUCACCAAAGUACUCAAUGAUUUGUACCAUUUGCUUCGCUUUGAGACCUGCAGAUCAAUUCAUCGGGCACUGGAUGUUGUGCUUAAUGCCAUGGAUAGGCAUUUGCAUGUGAAACAUAUGCAGAUAUCCGGAAGCGCAACACUCUUCUACAUUGUUAAGGGACGUGAUAAGAGUAAAUUCGGGACUCCAUUGAAAAAUCACAUAAUCAGGACACUUCUCAAUGGAAUGUCAGCCCAUUUGUCCGAUGACACCAUGAUGAGAAACGGAUGUCUUACUCUCUGUCAAUUUACAAUUCCCAAUGAUGUGCUCUUUGAGUAUGAACGCCUUGUGAGGAUUCUCUUACAUGGGGUUUCUGAUACGGAGCAAGAGGGAUUUGUCCAGCGGAUAGCAAUCUACCUAUUAAAUUCUUUAGCGUGUCAAGUUGAUGGGCGACAGAAGCUUUUCUUAGGCGACUUAGGAGCUAUUUCGACAAUGCUGAGUUUAAUCAAUGAUAGACUCACGCGAAAUGUCUUUGAUGACGUGAUGGAAGUGGCAUGGUCCACAAUGUGGAAUGUCACGGAUGAAACAGCAAUAAAUUGUAAGAGAUUUCUCGAUGGAAAUGGCAUGGAAUACUUUUUGGGCUGUCUCAGAUGCUUCCCGGAGAAGGAUGAACUUCUGCGGAAUAUGAUGGGACUCCUGGGAAAUGUGGCAGAAGUGAAUGUUCUCAGGCAUCGUCUGAUGACGUCAGAGUUCAUAACAGUUUUUGCCAAUUUACUAGAAUCAAGUAGCGAUGGCAUAGAAGUGAGUUACAAUGCAGCCGGAGUUCUGGCCCACAUUGCGUCCGAUGGCGCCGAGGCGUGGACGAUUGAAACACCGUCGCGACAGCAGGUGCUGAGUCGGAUGGUGGAUGCCAUAGAGAGGUGGGAUUUGCAUACGGAGCGCAAUAUCAACUAUCGCAGUUUUGAGCCCAUUUUUGGCCUUGUCCGGUGCUACGAUAUUCCAGAGUGUCAGCACUGGGCAAUUUGGGCAUUGGCCAAUUUGACAAAGGUUUAUCCGGCAAAAUAUUGUCGUUUGGUUGAAGCUGAACACGGUAUUGAGUUGCUGUAUGAGCUGAUAAUGCACAAGAGGCCCUACUUCCGGAUAAAGGAACUGGCCAGGAUGGUGCUGGAUCACUGUGCUCAGAACAAACAAAUGACCCUCGAUGGAUGAAACGCGUUCAUAUGGGCCAUCGUUAGCCACUCGAGUGACGUUCAGACGGUUUAGUGUGGAAUACAAAUUCCAUUUAAUCUGUACAUAGAAGAAAAAGAAGAAGAAAAAAACACGAGAAAAAUUAUUUUCUCAAUUUAUACCACUGUGAGAGACGUUACGUAUGUUUCCUUUUUUUCGUUAUUCUUACUUGGUCGCGAUGAACUUUAGAAGACAAAACAAAUGAGCUUUGAUCAUUUGAUGGAUUUGUUGGCAGCUUCAAAUGAAAUUUAAAAAAACACCCUUGAAAAUUUACAAAAAAAAAGUUUGUAUUAUCCCUAAAAACCUGUUAAUUCCUUCAAUUAUUCUCACAUUUUGUAAAUUAAAAUCUCCAAUGAGCUUUUCCUUCAAGGUGAAAGCAUGACAAAGAUCGAAUUCUUUCCUAUUCAAUUAAAUUUCUUGCAAAAUGAAAGAGGAAAAUUUCUGAAGUAAAAAGAAAAAAAAAUAGGACUAAACCUUUGUCCAUUUUGUUUUAUCCAGUGUAUAUAGUACUUUUUAAGGACAUUAUGUAAAAGUUAUAAACUUAGAAGUUGACAAGUUUUUUGAAACAUAAUUUGAUCAUUUAUUGAAGAUGAGAAAAUAAAGAGAGAGAAAAAAACAGUAAAUAACUCCUGCUGUGGUAUUUUUUUUUUGUUGCAAGAGGCAUAAAAAUUCGGUAAAUCUUUGCUUUCUAUUUUCGUGUUGAAAAAAAAUGAAUAAAAUUUGGACAAAAGCAAAACUAAUGAUACAAAAAAAUAAUGAGGGAUAUUUAAGCUAGAAAGAGGAAGCGUUGUAUGAGAUUUAAUUUGAAAAAAAAAAAAGAAAUUAUAUAAGAAGUUCAGAAAAAGAAGAUUAAAAUAAAAACAUUGACAAACUGAAAAUUUGUACGUUAAAAUAAAGAUUGGCUUAAUUCAUCUAAAUAGUGAGAGAAAAA